AUGCCGCCUUGGGAGCUGGGAGCAAGAGAUACAGCGAGGAGGGCUGCCGAAAGUGCCAUGAUCAUGUUUGCUCAGUACGUGCAAGGAGGCACGCUUGGCAAAGCCGUCGAAAUGGCUGAAGAUGUCACCGGCCUUGCCAAAAGGUGUGCUGCUGCUGCCAGCGACAGCCCGGAUUGUCUGAAGCCCUUGGACAGGAUUUUCCUCGAUACAAUAUGCCAGGAGGAAAAUCUUCCCGGGUUUGCAGACUGCUGUGCUAAAAAGGAUCCCGAAAGAAAUGACUGCUUCCUCUCCCUUAAAAAUUCAUCCAGAGGGUUCGUUUCUCCUUCUGAAAGGCCAGAUGCUGAAGCUGCCUGCAAAAAUCAUUCACAGCAGCAACAGCCAUUAACAAGAUAUUUCAUCUAUGAGGUUUCCAGAAGGCAUCCUUUCCUCUACGCCCCAACAAUCCUUUCUGUCGCUCUCCGGUACGACGAGAUGGUGAAGAACUGCUGUGGAGGUGCCGAAGCCCCUGCUCACAACCUGGGGGAAUGCUUUCGGAGACAGACACCGAAGGUGCUGAAGCCGGUCAGAGAAGAUGGCCUGAGGCAGGAACACACGUGCGGAAUCUUGAAGAAGUUUGGAGAAAGGACCUUAAAGGCUCUGAAACUUGCUCAGAUAAGUCAAAAAUUCCCUAAAGCUGAUUUUGUUACCAUUAACAAACUUGUGAUGGAUGUUGCUAACAUGCACAAGGACUGCUGUCGUGGAGACAUGCUGGAGUGCAUGCACGACAGGGAAGAGAUUCUACACUAUGUCUGCACCAACCACGACAUCAUAUCAAGUAAAAUUAAGAAGUGCUGUGAAAAGCCUCUGUUACAAAGAAGCGAAUGCAUAGUUAAUGCAGAAAAUGACGACAAACCUGCAGACCUGUCGCCCCACGUCAGAGAGUUUAUAGAAGACAAAGGAAUAUGUGACCGCUUUGCCCAGGAGAAAGACACACACGUAGCCAGGUUUCUGUACGAGUAUUCCAGGAGACACCCUGAAUUCUCCGCUCAAAUGCUUUUAAGAAUUGGAAAAGGAUACGAGGACCUACUGGCAGAGUGCUGCAAACCCGGUGCUCCAGACGACUGCUGCAGCAGAGGGGAGGAAGAACUGAAGAAACACAUUUAUGAGACUGAGAGUGUGAUGAAGACAAGCUGUGACAUUUACAAGGAGAAAGGAGAUUACUACUUCCAAAACGAGUAUAUAAAAUUCACCAAGGAAAUGACUGCCAUCGGCUCCAAAUGCUGCCAGUUAAGCCAGGAGAAGCUCCUGCCUUGUGCCGAGGAAAACGUGAGUAUUUUGCUGGAUCUCGUGCUGGGCGAGAUAUGCAGAAGACACCUGACGGAUCCUAUAAACCCCGGGGUUUGCCACUGCUGCAGCAGCUCCUACGCUCUCAGGAGGCCGUGCCUGGGGAAACUAGAAGUGGAUGAGCAUUACGUGCCCUUGUCGUUGACUCCGGGUCUCUUCACUUUCCGUGAAGACUUGUGUACGACCGAGGAGGAAAAGUUGCAGCACAAGAAGCAGGAGUAAGACACGUCCUGCUUUACUGCCUCACCCCCAAUGCUGAUCAACCUCAUCAAAUACAAGCCCCAGAUCACGCAGGAGCAGCUGACCUCCGUCACGGCGGCCUUCGCUGCCAUGAGGGAACGGUGCUGCAGAGAUGACGACCGCGAGGCGUGUUUCGCCAAAGAGGUACCGGUUCUGCCUUCACCCCCGCCGAGAGAUACAGAGCUCAGCUCCAUCUCUUGCUCCCGCAGAGUCCCUGGGACUCGCGCUGGUGAAGGCUACGGGCAACGGCCUUUCCCCGGCUAA